CGCCCCUGCGCCGCCCUGCGCUCUUCUCUCCGCUCCUCUCCGCUCCUCUCCGCUCCGACUCCGCUCGCUCCCCGCGCCGGGGCCGCCGGCCCGGCAUGAAGGUUCUCCGGCACAAGAUAGAGCUGCUCACAGGGCUGCUGCUGCAGGAGAUGACCAUGGCGGGGCUGCAUGAACUGCGCUUCACUGAGGAGAAGCCACUGCUGCGUGGCCAGGAUGCUGAGCUGGACAACUCGGACGUGUUCCUCUCUGCUGCUGACACAGACUGGAAGGAACACGACAUUGAGACGCCCUAUGGGCUGCUGCACGUGGUCAUCCGGGGCUCACCCAAGGGGAACCGCCCUGCCAUCCUGACGUACCACGAUGUGGGCCUCAACCACAAGCUUUGCUUCAACACCUUCUUCAACUAUGAAGACAUGCAGGAGAUCACAAAACACUUUGUGGUGUGUCACGUGGAUGCGCCAGGCCAGCAGGCAGGAGCCUCGCAGUUCCCUCAGGGGUACCAGUACCCAUCCAUGGACCAGCUGGCUGCCAUGUUACCCAGCGUGGUGCAGCACUUCGGAUUCAAGUAUGUGAUCGGGAUCGGUGUUGGGGCAGGAGCCUACGUGCUGGCCAAGUUUGCGCUCAUCUUCCCCGACCUGGUUGAAGGGCUGGUCCUCAUGAAUAUUGACCCCAAUGGCAAAGGCUGGAUUGACUGGGCAGCUGCUAAGCUCUCAGGCCUCACCAGCACACUGCCAGACAUGGUCCUGUCCCACCUGUUCAGCCAGGAGGAGCUGGUGAACAACACGGAGCUGGUGCAGAGUUACAGGCAGCAGAUUGGCAGCGUGGUGAACCAGUUCAACCUCCAGCUCUUCCUCAACAUGUACAACGGCCGCAGGGAUCUGGACAUCAACCGGCCCGGCACUGUGCCCAACGCCAAGACACUGCGUUGCCCUGUGAUGUUGGUGGUGGGAGACAACGCUCCUGCUGAAGAGGGUGUGGUGGAGUGUAAUUCCAAGCUGGAUCCCACAAACACCACUUUUCUGAAGAUGGCGGAUUCUGGUGGGCUGCCCCAGGUCACACAGCCCGGCAAGCUGACCGAAGCCUUCAAGUACUUCCUGCAAGGCAUGGGCUACAUCGCCCACCUGAAGGAUCGGAGGCUGAGUGGAGGUGCAGUGCCGUCUGCCAGCAUGACCCGCCUGGCACGCUCCCGCACAGCCUCGCUCACCAGCGCCAGUUCUGUGGAAGGUGCCCGACCGCGUGCCUGUACCCAUUCGGAGAGCAGCGAGGCCAUGGGGCAGAUCAACCACACCAUGGAGGUAUCGUGCUGAGGCCCGUGGCUGCCACCACCGUUUCCUCCAGAGCCAUUUCCCAUACGUCAGCAUCCCGCCAGCACCCACCCGCCCCGCGGACGACCUCUGCCAGUGCUCUCGCUCCCCUGGGGUUGAUUUAUCUUCUUUGCUGUUGGCCUCCCUCCUUCACUGGGCACCAGAGGAGCUUCUCCUUGUCAUCUGCAGGCUCUGAGUCCCAGCUCAGCCCAAUAGUCACACGUGGCUCUGUCUCAGUUCUCACCCUCCCCAGCACUGCCUCGGCCCUGGUGUGGAAGGGAGGAUGGCAGGAGGACGUGGCUGGGAUGGGUGAGCGGGGGUGGAAUGGGGGAAUGGAGCAGGACAGUGGGACAUGGGCAGGACAGCAGGACGUGAGCAGAACAGCAGGAUGCAGAGAGGUAGGUCGGUCUCUCAAGGGUGGCCAAGCCAGAAGGAAGCCAGGGCUGGGGUGCUGCGCUUGGUCAUUUUGGGGAGAGCACAGUGCCCAUCCUGGGGCCGCAGCUCCCAUUCUCCCCAGCAGCCGUUCCCUGGGCACUGCGUGGGAUCUCUGGCACGGGCAGGACCUGCAGCCCGGGUGCACUGGGCAUCGUGAGCAAUUGCAUCCUCCCUGUGCCCCUCCCUGCCAUGCACCUUGGGGGCUGCCCAGGGCAGGGGCAGAGGUCCCAGCCUGAGCCAUCAGGGCAAAAGGGGGUCACGGGCAUCCCCCCAGCCCACAUCCCAUGCACAGUGCUGCCUGGGCCCUGUUGCAAAAAGGUCAGUUGCUGCCUGCCACCAAAAAUGCAAUGUGGGGGCAGUGUCUGCCCCUUGCCUCACCCGGUCCCUGAUGUGGUGGCCCUGGUCUGAGGCCACCAAAGUUCAGAGGCUGCUGGGUCUGGGAUCACCAUGAGCAUCCACCCCCUCAGCCUUUGGCUGUCACUGCAGCAGAGCCAUUAGCAAUAAGAUGAGACCACCCCACUCCAGGAAACCCCCUGCACCCCUGCCUGGCCCCUCAGAGCACCCCACUGUGGCGUGCCGGUUCUGCAGGGUGACCCCAUGGCACACAGGGAACGUUCCACACCUGGCUUUGUCCAUGGGAGAUGGUUCCCCCGUGUCUCACCUCUGCAGGGAGCGGGCCAUGAAGGGCUUGGCUCUAAGCAGUCUGCAAGGCCCCAUCCAGCCCCAGGUGGCAUGGACAGCCACAUCGUUGUGUAACCCUGCGAUCGGCCACCCAGCCCAGCUCCUCCUGUGCCUGGGCCAAAGGAGAGCCCAGCUCUGGUGAUGGGUGCUGGGGGUCUCAUGGCGGCCCUGGGACAGGAUCCACCUGCUCUGGAUCAUCUGGGCUGGAGCAGGUCCCCUGCAGCCCCCUGAAGCACUUUCCCCACAGGCCCUCGCCCCCAUCAAGGGGCCACAGGGCUCCCAGCAGGUGCUCGAGGGCUCCUGGCCCCAAGGCCGGCACUUUGGUUCGGACCCCAUAACGCUGACGAUGCCAGUGUCCCUGUUUUCCCCCAUUCACUCUGCUACGUGCUUCCUUCUUGGUGUGACUCUAAAUGCUAAGCAGACUUUUUUUUCUGUAGAUACCACUGCGAUCACCCAUUUCUCAGCGUGUCCUUCAGAUGAUAUAUAUAUAAAUACCUAUACAUAUUAUAUAUAUGGGGUUGUCCGUCCCUGACCUUUGGGUUUGCGCCCCCUGUUCUCUCGUACAAGUGGUGCCGUGUGGUUCCAUUUGAGGUGGUCUGGCCGUGCUUGCCUUCGGUUUCCCACCUGGGUUGUGUUGGUUCGUUCUGUUCCCUCUGUGGUUUGUUCUUUUGAUUUUACUGGUUCUCCUCUUUUCCCAGUCACAUCAGAAUCGAACGCAUUUCCCCCUUUCCCUGUCUGAGCAAAACUGGUUUUGUCACAGUGGUGUCGAGGCCACAUUUCUCACACAAGAAGGCAAUAUGUAAACCAGAUUUAACUAACCUGUCGCUGUAGAGAGGAUUUACUGUAUUGGAAAAAAAAAAAUAUUAAUAAAUAUGAUAAGAAUCUGC